CACAAUGUCAUCCCUCACUGUGCGACAGUACAAGAACUCGGAUUUUCCAGCAGUCAAAAAAAUCUUUAUUGAAGGAUGUCAUAAACUCGCCUACACCGCUUUUUUCCAUGGCUUGAAGCUACCUCACAACUGGGUCCUCAUGCUUCUUGGGUUUCUGCUCCCUCUGCUCAGUGUUGGCUCCAUCUUUCUGGCCAUCUUGGAUGUGGUCAUUGUACUGGUCGUGCUUUGGCUGUGUGGAAGAAGAUUCUUCUAUGGCUAUGCCACAGAAUGUAUGGCGGACGACAUGAAAGACAUCUCAAAAUAUUAUCUCCAGCGGGAAGGGUACAAUUUUUGGGUGGUGGAGUCUGAUGGGGAGUUGGUGGGGACAGUGGCUGCUGUUCCCUCUUAUCUACCAAGUGUAGAGAAAAACACAGAACUGAAAAGAAUGAAUGUGGUCUCCAGCCACCGGGGUAAAGGCAUUUCUAAAGUCUUGUGCAGGACAGUAAUUGAAUUUGCCCAUAAGAAAGGGAGUAAGGCGGUGGUCCUCUCUACCACAACACUACAGAUGCCUGCCACAUGCUUGUACAGGUCGAUGGGAUUCAAGUGUACAAACAUCAGCGACAUGACCCAAUUCACGGAGAGACUGAUUAGUAUGCAAUGGAUAUUUUUUAGAUACGACAUCCCGAGUAGCAAAUAA